AUGGCUACAGAAGCAUCUGCUGCCGUCGCCGCGGUUCCUACACGUACUGAAGAAGACCUGGCCUUUCUCUUCAAGCGAUUUCCCGGCUACCUAUUCACUGAACGCAAGGGGCCAGCGUGGUCGUGGGUAUGGAAAUUCGGGUAUGAUAUUUCACGCGACGGCAAAGACCGUGUAUGGGUAUGCCUUCGAUGUAUCCAACAACGCAACCGGAAGCCAGCCGCCUAUAACCCACGAAAUCUUGUGAACGUCGAGAUUCAUCUCUUUAACUCUCACCAGCUUAGCGAUCCUACCGGUAAGCGACCGCCGCCUUCUGCCGUCAAGCCCCAACGCGAGAGCAGCAAUUCGAGAUCCAUCGCCACCUUCUUCAAUCUCAAUGCGAACAACGCCGAAGAUCAGAGGAUGGCCAACCACUUGAUCAGCGCGUUCGAUAGAGCUGAGUUUCAACGAAGGAUUGUAAGAUGGCUCAUCAGCGCCAAUCUUCCUUUCCGCACAGCUGAACACCCUUAUCUUCGCGAUGUCUUCUCCUACCUCAACCCCUCUGUCGACAUUCAAAAAGCCAACCUCUCCGAGAAGACUGUUCACGCCCUCGCUGUACGAGAGGUUGAGCGGCAUAAGGAUGCGGUGGUUAAGACGCUCCAGGAGAGCCCCGGGCUGGUUCAUCUAGUCUUCGAUGGAUGGACUUCACGCAACCGCCUCUCUCUCUACGGCGUGAGCGCAGUCUUCCGAGACGAAGAGGGCACGCCUCACAAGAUUGUGCUCGGUCUGCCAGAGAUGAGUGACCGGCAUACGGGUGAGAACAUCGCGGAGGCCAUCCUCGAUGUUAUUAGAAACUAUGGUAUUGAAAAGAAGAUUGGCUACUUCACUGUCGACAACGCUACAAAUAACGACGCCGCGUUGAAAAUAAUCGAAUGUGAUGCCUUUGAGCGAGAAGUAUGUGCAUCUCGCCUUGUCAACCUACCUAUCACUGACCGUGAGAAGGAGGUCAACAGGUCAGACCUCUGGACCAAGAAGCUCAUCUCGGCGCAAGAGCAACGGAUCCGAGAAGCCUCCGAAGGUGAGAAGAUCAAGAAACACACGCCGGUCGGAGUGGUGACAGACAACGCUACGCGGUGGCUCUCUCAGUACUUCAUGAUGGAACGCGCUCUUCAACUCCAGCCUUUCUACGAGACCUUCCUCUUUGAGGCGAAGCUUCACGUUGACUCGCAGUUCCGGACGACAGCAGGCACUCUAAAGAAAGGCGCGAAGGAGCCGCUCUUCUUAAAUGAGGAGAACAAGUUGACCGCGAACGACUGGGAGGUCAUCUCUGUGUUGAAAGAGAUCCUUCUCGACUUUGAGCUCGUUGUGAAAGCUCUUCAGGGCGACGGUCAACCUCGUGAGAAGAAGCGCAGCUCCUGCGAUGAGCCGAUCAGUCUAGUACAGGGAGCAAGCUGGGAUCUUCUCGAUGGGUACGAGUUCCUCCUUGAGUCUCUCGAGAGAGCGAAGGCGAGAGUUGAAGACCUCGUUGACGGCGAACACGUCGCUAUUAACGUCAACAACGCAUGGAUGAAGCUCGACAAAUACUACGAGAAGAUCGGCCAGUCUCCUCUCAUCUACGCUGCCACCGCAUUGCACCCUCGGCACCGAUGGGGUAGGUUCGAGGCGUGGCGUGAGCAUCACGCUGACUGGAUCGAGCCAGCGAAGUUACAAGUCCGAGAACUCUGGAGGCAACAAUACCGAGACCUACCAGUCGAGCAGAAAGAGGCUUCAGAACCACCCACGAAAAUCCCCCGCCUCUCGAGCAACAGGUUCGCAAUCUUCAGAACCCAGGAGCGAACUCCAACAAACUCAGCACCCACCUCUCCUUCACCCUUUCCAUCGCCAGCGCUGGUCGAACUUGACGAGUUUGAGCGUUGGCAACUAGAUAAUAGCGACUUUGAUCGGUACGAGGAGGAUCCCCGUGCCUACUGGCACAAGAGAAGGAACACCUACCCACGGCUUGCGCGCAUGGCGUUGGAUCUACACACGGUGCUUCCUAUGAGCGCCGAAGUUGAGCGCUUGUUCAGCGUUACUGGCCAUAUGGUUACUCCUUUACGCAACCGGCUACAGGCGAACACAAUAUCUCUCUGUCAGAUCCUCCGCAGCUGGUACGAUGCCGGCGUGAUUGAUGAUCUCGAUCCAAUACUGUCAUGGAAGACACACGGACACAUGGAAGAUGAUUGA